AGCCGAUGGCUGCCCUCGUUGAAGAGCCGAUGGCUGCCCCUGUUGAAGAGCCGAUGUCUACCCACUAUGAAGAGGCUAUGGCUGCCCACUUUGAAGAUCCGAUGACCAACCACUUUGAAGAGCCAAUGACCGCUCCUAUUAAUCACAAGAGGGCCACCCCUGAUGAAGACAUGAUGGAAACACCUGAUGAAGAAAAGAUGCUAAUGCUGACCCCAUUUGAAGAUAAGACUGCAACUCCCUAUGAAAACAAUGAGGUGGAAAAUACAGAAACACAGCCUAACAAGCGCAGGAAAAAGAAGUCAAUUGUUUGGGAGCAUUUCACCAUAGAAAACGUGGGUCCUGGAUGUAGGAGGGCAUGCUGCAAGCAGUGCAAGCAAAGUUUUGCUUACAGUACGGGUUCAAAAGUAGCAGGUACCAGCCACCUCAAACGCCACAUUGCGAAGGGGACCUGCCCAGCGCUUCUUCGUAACCAGAACAACAAUCAGUCUUCCCCAUAUACCCCAGCUUCAAGGGGUGGCAGCUCUUCCAAUCCACCAAAAAGGCGUUACCGGACUGCUAACACACCCCAAAUUAUAUUUGAUCCAGACCGUUGUCGCCAUGAGAUUGCAAGGAUGAUCAUCAUGCAUGACUACCCCCUGCAUAUGGUUGAGCAUCCUGGGUUUGUAGCUUUUGCACAGAAUCUUAACCCACAGUUCAACAUGGUGAGCUUCAAUACUGUUCAAGGAGAUUGUGUUGCAACUUACCUAACGGAAAAGCAAAGUGUCACCAAGUUUAUUGAGGGCAUACCUGGACGUGUCUGCCUUACUUUGGACAUGUGGAGUUCCUCUCAGAGUGUGGGUUAUGUGUUUAUUACGGGGCACUUCAUUGAUGCUGACUGGAAGUUGCACAGGCGGCUGCUUAAUGUAGUGAUGGAACCAUAUCCGGACUCUGAUUCUGCGCUUAGUCAUGCUGUUGCUGUUUGCCUUCAUGAUUGGAGUUUGGAAAACAAGUUAUUUUCAGUCACUUACGAUCAGCCACUGAGCGAGACUGCUCUUGAAAAUUUAAGGCCUCUUCUUUCAAACAAGAACCCACUUAUCCUCAGUGGUCAACUAUUGGUUGGGCAUUGCAUGGCCCGUACUUUGAGCAGCAUUGCAAAAGAAGUGUUAGCAGCAGGAAGUGAUGUGGUAAAAAAAGUCCGGGAUAGUGUAAAGUAUGUGAAGACAUCAGAGUCCCAUGAAGAAAAGUUUCUGGAGCUUAAGAGUCAGCUCCAAGUCCCAAGUGAAAGGAGCCUAUCAAUUGACGACCAAACUAAAUGGAACACAACAUAUCAAAUGCUGGUGGCCUGUUCUGAAUUAAGGGAAGUUUUUACUUGCUUGGAUACAUCUGAUCCUGAUUACAAACAAACCCCGUCAAUGGAAGACUGGAAGCAAGUUGAGACUAUCUGCACAUAUUUGAAACUUAUCUUCGAUGCGGCCAACAUCCUUACCACUACGACUAACCCAACUGCAGUUACUUUCUUCCAUGAAGUGUGGAGGAUUCAGACUGAUCUGACUAAGAUGGUCGAAAGUGAGGAUCCCUUCAUUAGCAGCCUAACUAAGACAAUGCAAGAAAGAAUUGAAAAAUACUGGAAGAAUUGUAGCCUGGCUUUGGCAACAGCGGUAGUUAUGGAUCCCAGGUUCAAGAUGAAGCUUGUUGAGUUCAGUUUCAACAAAAUUUAUGGCGAAGAAGCUCCAAUGGAUAUCAAGGUUGUUGAUGACGGAAUUCAUGAGCUCUUUCAUGAAUAUCUGACGCUGCCUUUGCCUCUCACACCAACUUAUGCAGACGAAGGGAAUAACAACAUUAAGAUAGAGGAUUCCCAAGGCGGAGCUAUCCUAACAGACAACGGACUCACAGACUUUGACAUGUACAUCAUGGAGACUACCAGCCAACAGAUGAAGUCGGAGCUGGAUCAGUAUUUGGAUGAGUCCCUGCUGCCCCGAGUUAAUGAUUUUGACGUGUUAGGCUGGUGGAAACUGAACAAGAUGAAGUACCCGACUCUCUCAAAGAUGGCUCGAGACAUUUUGUCAAUUCCGGUAUCUACAGUUCCUUCCGACUCCGUCUUUGAUACCACGGUCAAGGAGAUGGAUCAGUACAGGAGUUCCCUACGACCAGAGACGGUUGAAGCCCUCAUAUGUGCCAAGGACUGGAUGCGGUUUGGAUCAGCAGACGCGUCCACAGCACUUGUCAGAAUGGAAUAUUAGAUGCUAGGUCUCUUCCACCGACACGCGGAUGGAUGGGAAGUUGGCCGCCGGGAAGAUGUAUGAUGGAGACUAGCCUCUUCCAGUUUCGAUUGCAGAGGGUUCAAUUUUGCUCGGAAAACACUUGGUUCCUUACAUGUAAGGCUGUUCUUCCUCGCACACAAAUUGGAUUUCGACGCGUGUGCAAAAACUUUAUAAUUUAUAGAUUUAAUGGGAUUUUGGUACGUCUCUCUUGGUCAUUGGAAAUUAAGGAAGAAGGACCCUUGCAUAUAAGAAAAACUAAGCUGUGUAUUUUUGGCUCAUCGCCAAAUUGGGGUUGUCAGCGUCACCACUUGACUAUUUGUCGUCGUCGAGCAAGUAAGUUUGAUAUAGGGAAAUGAUUUAUGAACUCUGUUUAAUCGAACAAAUUAAAUGAGAAUCGAGACACUGACACGAA